AUGUUUGCGGAUGGUAGGGUGAACGAGAGCCGACUGCAGGUGCUGCGAGCGUACACUGAAGACGUCUGUCAGCAUGUCGAGGAUUCCCGACCUAUUCAAGCGUAUUACGUAGAGAUUGUUCGUCCCACGUUAAUAAGUCUAGCGGCAACAUGGCUGGUAUUGACCUCAACUGGUGUUGAGAAUCAGCAGUACCAGAAUAUUUUGCCGACCAAUGUACAGAAACUAUGGAAUAACAAACAGAUGCUGGACAUAACAUUCCGGGCCGAUGGUCAGGAAGUGCAAGCACAUCAGCUGGUUCUGGCAGCGGCGAGUAACGAUCUCUGUGAUGCCCUCAGUCAGAUCCGGAAAACCACAAAACAUGCUGUGCUGGAUCUGAACAGAUCAGGUAUUACUAUGGCAGACCUCAAGGAACUUCUUAACUAUCUUUACUGUGGUAAGAUGCAGUUAAACCCACAGACGUGUCAGGGUGUAGCCAAGGCAGCCAAAACCCUUCACAUCCCUCAGGUGGUGGCUCUCUGUGCACUUUUCAAAGCCACAUUCAUGCCAGGAACUCCACUAGCAGACUCUCAGAUAGGUGUGACCAGUCAGACUCCAUUUUAAAUGACAUGUGGAAAGUAGGGCAGACAAAGGAAGUAGCUACAACACAUGCAUCAAGUACCAAGUCCAGCCCUAAGCCUGGCCCCAGCUUUGUACCCGCACCGCCGGUCAUUGACCAGUCCACGGUCACAAGCCUGACAGAAAGUAAGAUCUCACCCCCUGUGGAUAAAGUGGAGCUAUACAGAGAACUGACAAGUCACAAACAGAAGUGGAUGGCUGAUGCCAGGCCUCUACCCGUUCCCAACAAGAUAGAGCCAGCUGAUGAAUCUUCCGAGAACUUUGCUGGGGCUAAACCAGGUAAGAAUUCCACCGCGGUAAAACCUACCCAGGAUUUCAAAAUGGUAAAAGUUAAAGAAGAGCCUGUUGACGAUUUUCCAGACAUGUCCCCAGCUGCCAGUGUCACCCAGUCUAAUGAGUCUGCUGGUAAAAGUGGAACAAGUCCCAACAUCGUACAACAGGUCACAGACAUGAACUCAGUCAUUCCAAA